AUGCUUCAUAAUACAGUCGCAGAAGCAACAAGUGUACAAAUGCCAGUUGACAAAACCAGACGCAAACGUCUUAAAGUCGUCAGUGCUUGUAGUGAAUGCCGUCGAAAGAAAACAAAGUGCAACGGUGAGAAACCAUGCGCUGGCUGUAUAAAGACAAACAUGGAAUGCAAGUACGCCAAUUCUCCAACAAGAAACAAUGCAAAGCAAUCACAACCACAGCCACAACAAUCACAACAGCGUUCUUUAAUUUCAAGUAAUACACGUCCUCAACAACAAACUCAUCAAUCAUCUCCUUCUCAAUCUAAUGAACUGCAAGAACAACAACAACAACAGCAACAACAACAGAAAACAACAGCCGUGAUUCAAGCCAUUGAACAACGUCUAAGUGUCAUUGAAGACAUUUUGCAAGUCUUGUUAACAAACAGUAAGCAAAACUCCGUUCCACAACAUUAUCAACAGCACCAGCAUUCCGUUGUCGGUCCGUAUUACGGCGAUUAUUAUCAUCAUAACAAUAAUAAUAAGCGUAAAUAUUCAGACUAUUAUUCACAAGAUGAUAAUCUAAGAUUACCACCUCCACACAACUAUCAGCCUUCGUUGUCUGAAUCCUCUUCUACAUCUACCACUUCGUCAGUUUGCUCUUCUGGUUCUUCCCCUAAAAUCAGUACAAUACAAACACUGUUAAAUGACCAAAAGGAAGACCAUCCUUCUUCUGCACCUCUCAAGAGACCUUCUGCAUUUUUUAGGCCUGUUUCCUCUAAUAGCACUAGUAAUUUAGCAAGUGGCGCUGGAUCACCACCUAUUAUAAUUCAACAUCGAUACUGA